CGAGGCCCCAGGGGUGGGCGGGGCUUCCUCCUCAGCUCAGGGGUUGUUUGGCGCUGAACUGCCGACAUCCGCCGCGUCUCCGGAGCGGCCCCGAGGCGGACACGGAAUGAGGAGAUGGGACCGGAAGCAGGGCCUGGCAGAAGGGUGUGAGGGAAUGGCCAAUGGCUUUCUCAUGGAAGUAUGUGUUGAUUCUGUGGAGUCUGCUGUGAAUGCAGAGAGAGGAGGUGCUGGCCGCCUUGAACUGUGUGCCAACCUCAUGGAAGGAGGAACAACACCUACUAUAGGCCUUUUGCAAGUGGUGAAGCAGUGUACAAGGGUGCCUGUAUUUGUGAUGAUCCGCCCCCGUGGGGGGGAUUUCCUCUAUUCUGACCGAGAAGUGGAGGUGAUGAAGGCAGACAUCCGACUUGCUAAGCAACAUGGGGCUGAUGGGUUGGUGUUUGGAGCCUUGACUGAGGAUGGACGUGUGGAUACAGAGCUCUGCACAGCACUACUGGCUGCUUCCCGCCCUCUGCCGGUCACCUUCCACAGAGCUUUUGACAUGGUCUAUGACCCUUUGGCAGCCUUGGAAACGCUAAUAUCAAUGGGCUUUGAACGGGUCCUGACUAGUGGCUGUGACAGCUCUGUUUUAGAGGGGCUGCCCUUGAUAAAACGACUGACAGAACAGGCUAAGGGCAGGAUUGUUGUAGUGCCAGGGGGAGGCAUAACCGAGAGAAACCUGCAGAGAAUCUUAGAAGGCUCUGGCGCCUCUGAGUUUCACUGCUCAGCGCGCUCAGUCAAAGACUCAGGAAUGAAGUUCAGAAACCCUUAUGCUACCAUGGGGGCCUACCUCUCCACACCUGAAUAUUCCAUCAAGGUGGCCGAUGUGGCUAAAGUGAGGACCCUGAAUGCAAUUGCAAAGAAUAUCCUGUAGAACACGCUACCGUGGGCCAGGAAGACCCAGAGCCCUGUGACCUGCGCAAUCCAUAGACAUAGACAUUUCAACAGCAUCCUUGCCAGCGCUUAAAGGACAUGGGUCAAUCAAAUGAAGAAGCCUCUGCUUGUUUUUCUUCUAUUCCCACUUGCUCCACAGCGUUUUUUCCUCAGAUGUCGUAAUGCUGUUUUGUCUGUGGGGAGCAAAUGAUGGGGAUGGGCUUAAUUAAAGGGGCACUCGCCAUCAAGCAACACUCUCCCUGUUAAGGUCUCUUCUCAAAUAAACCCUGAAGCCACUCU